AUGGCUGAGGACCCGGGGCAGCCGUGCUGGGCCCAGGUCCCGGCGUGUGACCGUCCACAGGGGGACCCCGCGGUGGUGCCGCACGGAGGAGACCCAGGUCCUGACAUGCACUCAGGUCCAGAGCCCACGGGCCCGGGGCUGCUGAUGACCCGCAGUGACGGGUCCGUGGGGGCCCCUGAUCCAGCCCACCCACAAGGGUCCAUUCUGGGGCUCCUCCCGGACCUGCUGGGCAAGGAGCACCCGGAGCUGCCAAGGUCACUAGGCACAGAGGCUGGCAGGGGCGUGACCGUGGGCAGCAGAGCCCAGGGACGGGGGGAGCGUGCCCUGCCCCCUGCAGCUCCCCUGACGCCCCGGGAGCUCGGAUCAGGCGACAAGCGUGACAUACCGUGCCAGACCCACAGGAGAUGGAGAACAGCAGCUCGGAAUCCAGGACUCAGCCCCUCGAGGUGGGGAGGGGCAGGGGUCCCCGGGGCCUGCAGGGUCCCUCUCCUGCGGGUGACCGCUUGGCUCGCGGCCAUCUGGCGUCUGUGGCUCCGCCCCAGCUCGUCCCCCCGCACUCCGGCCCCGGGCCCUUCAGCCAUCCGCACGGCUCCUGCCGCCUCGCCUCGCCCUGACCAGGUGCCUCCCCACGGACCCACCUUCGGACGAUUCCGGGGCGCGCGCGCUGCUGCGGGGGCGCGGCCACGGGGACGGCCCCUGCCCUGCCGACUCGUGAGCUCGGAUUGGCGACCCCUGCCCGGCACGCCCCUGACCUGCCCCAGCCAGCUCCUACGUCCCGACCCCCGCCUCUUGCUCCCCCAACCUAGCCCCGCGACCCCCACCCGGCGCGCCCCCCACCUGCCCCGCGACCCCCGCCCGGUGCGGCUCCCGGACCCCACUCGCCGCACCGUGCGCCUCGCUCAAGUCCCCGCACCCAUUCCGCUGGCCUCCUCCCGGGCCGCGCGCUCCGCAGCCCCCUGA